UGGAGAAUUCUUACAAAAUUUUUGUAAGAAUUGGUGGAAUCCUGGUGGAUCGAAGGAUCUCAGGCACGUGCUACAGCGAUCAUUAGUUCCCCCGCUCCGAUUUGGAAUAAGUUUGCAGCCAGUUCGCAGCGACCACUCGUUGUUUACGUGCAAAUCCGCGUGGCUAACCAACCGUAUGCAAAUUCCCAGGAUAUUCAACGCUCAAACGACCCGGGAACUUUUCCGUAUCAGCGAGCCGUAUCGAAUCAAUUCCUGAAUUUCAUCGACGCGAGCGACUUUUCCACGACCAAGGAGCCGCGCCGUGCCUCUAUAGGUUUUUUUUCCCUGGCCGAGAGGAGCUGCACAGGUGCACGAGAGGCAAUUCCGGGCUCGCAACUUUCCACGGCUCCGUAUUUCGCGCGGACACGCGACGAAGUUUAAUUUGGGAUUCGUGCGGGGUAGUUUCGUGUGUGUACUUUGUCGUACGCGGACGACGCCAUCCAUCGACGUCGCGAUCCCUUUGAAGUUCCCAAACCGGAAGGAUCGUUUGUGCGUCGGGGACCAACGUUUGGUUGAGUGGUUCGCGCACAGGUGAAAAUUUCGCUUUCUCGAGUCCGUAUGGUCGCGAGUGCCGCGACGGUUAACAUCGAGUAAUCUCGAGGGGCAUGCCGAUCCGUCGAUGACGAAGGUGAUCGUAGUGCGUCUCGAUGUGCGAUCCCACGGCGUUGUUGGACCUAGUGCCGAGCGAGGGAUUACUCAAGAGGCCGUCCAUGGACUAUAACGAGUACACGUACUGCUACGGUGGUGGUCGAGGGUGUUUGUUGGACAAUUCGGCGCCGCGGGGCCCGCCCGAUGUGCCACCCCGUAACCCUACAAUGAGUCGCGUCAACGGAAGAUUGCCAGGAAGUCACGCAGUCAGUGAUCACGAGCGUGAUCCCGACCUCCAGCCGUCCUGCCUCGUACGCACCCCAUCCGGUGGCUUCUACAGUAUACCAAAGAUACCGAAGAAUGAGUACAACAACAAGAAUCAGUCCACGGGGAAUAGUCCAAUAAAGGUCGAGCUGCAGAACAACAUGGACAGAGUACCUUUACCGUACGGCCACGCGCCCUCAAUGAUCCCAAUGAGGAGACAAAGCAUCCGUUGCCAUUUCGUGAAAGGGGUCGACUGGUGCAGCUGGAAAUUAAUUGCAAUGAUAUUGCUUAUAGUCUCGCUGUGCAUGACAGCAGCGCUAGCCUACAUCGUGGUGUCCAGCAUAGUGAACCGAUCGUACCAGGGCACGAAGGCGUGCGGCAUCGGCGAGAUCACCGACUCGAAAUCGUCCGUCGAGGCGAACAAGACGUCCUCGACAGCGGUCGCGCCCCCGUCGCAGCCCAACAGCAAGACGUGGCACCAAGCGUCCACAGGAGGUGCUAGAACGUUCCCUGCCAGGUCCUUCCCACCUGACGGAACGACGUUCGCCCAGGUCGGCUUGGGACAAAAGCUCAGCAAGGAGAUACCGCCGUACAGCUACUGGAACAUGCAAUUCUACCAGUCAGAGGCCGCGUAUGUACGGUUCGACUACAAUAUCCCACGUGGUGCCAGCAUCGGGGUCUACGCAAGGAGGAACGCUCUUCCCACGCACACGCAGUACGAUCUCCUGGAAGUGUUGAGUGGCUUUAAGGCCAGGACCACUCGGGCGUCCCAUCCUUCGAUCAAGAAAGAGGUGACGCAUUACAUGGAUCCUGGCCACUGGUUUCUCUCGCUGUACAACGACGAUGGAGAUCCCCAGGAGGUGUCUUUUAUUGCUGUUAUCGCCGAGGAUAUGACCCAUAAUUGUCCCAAUGGCUGCAGUGGGAAGGGCGAAUGUCUUCUGGGCCACUGUCAGUGCAACCCUGGAUUUGGCGGCGAGGAUUGCAGCGAAAGCGUCUGCCCGGUUCUCUGUAGUCAACGUGGGGAGUACAUAAACGGCGAGUGCCAAUGCAAUCCUGGUUGGAAAGGGAAGGAAUGCUCCCUGCGACACGACGAGUGCGAGGUGCCAGAUUGCAACGGGCACGGCCUCUGCGCCAAUGGAAAAUGCAUCUGCGUGCACGGCUACAAGGGAAAGUAUUGCGAGGAGGAGGACUGUCCGCAUCCCAAUUGCUCGGGGCACGGUUACUGCGCGGACGGCACGUGCAUCUGUAAAAAAGGAUGGAAAGGAGCCGACUGCAGCCAAAUGGACAAGGAAGCGUUGCAGUGCCUGCCAGAUUGCAGUGGACACGGGAAUUUCGAUCUUGAAACGCAGACGUGCCUCUGCGAGCCGAUGUGGUCCGGCGACGACUGCUCGAAAGAAUUAUGCGACCUGGAUUGCGGUCCUCAUGGCCACUGCGUGGACAAUGUCUGCGACUGUCUGCCAGGUUGGUCUGGCGAGUUGUGCAACCUGAAGCAAUGCGAUCCUCGAUGCAACGAACAUGGCCAGUGCAAGAACGGGACUUGUUUGUGCGUCACUGGCUGGAACGGAAAGCACUGCACCAUGGAAGGCUGCCCCAACUCCUGUUCUGGACAUGGCCAGUGCAGGGUCACUAAUGAUGGCCAGUGGGAGUGCAGGUGCUACGACGGCUGGGACGGCAAGGACUGCAAUGUGCUUCUCGAAAAUAAUUGCGACGACGGAAGAGACAACGACAAAGACGGUCUCAUCGAUUGCGCGGACCCAGAGUGUUGCCCAAGCCACGUCUGCCGCACCAGCCAACUCUGCGUAGCAGCUCCCAAGCCCAUCGACAUCCUCCUGCGCAAGCAGCCACCGGCCAUCACCGCAUCCUUCUUCGAAAGAAUGAAGUUCCUCAUCGACGAGGGCAGCCUCCAGAACUACGCGCGCCAGGAAACCUUCAACGAGAGUAUGUUCUGGAAUCACUUCAACACAAGCCGAUCGGCCGUUGUACGCGGCCGCGUUGUCACGCAUCUUGGCACGGGGUUGAUGGGAGUGCGAGUUAGCACGAGCACGCCGCUGGAAGGAUUUACUCUGACGAGGGACGACGGAUGGUUCGACCUCCUGGUAAACGGCGGCGGUGCCGUCACCCUUCAGUUUGGAAGGUCACCCUUUAAACCACAAAGUCACAUUGUCUUUGUACCGUGGAACGAGGUCGUUAUCAUCGACAAUAUAGUGAUGACCACCGCAGAAGAAAAGCAACCCAGCCACAUUCCCCACUCCUGUGCAGCUCACGACUACGAUCUGAUGAAACCCGUGGUCCUGGCGACAUGGAAGCACGGUUUCCAAGGAGCUUGCCCCGACAAGAGUGCCAUUUUGGCAGAGUCCCAGGUGAUUCAGGAAAGCCUGCAGAUACCUGGUACAGGACUGAACCUCGUCUACCACAGCUCAAGGGCGUCUGGCUAUCUGUCAACCAUCCAGCUGCAGCUGACCCCUGAAGUUAUCCCAUCGAGCCUCAACCUGAUCCACUUGAGAAUCACGAUAGAGGGCAUCCUGUUCGAGAAGACAUUCGAGGCUGAUCCUGCGAUAAGGUUCACCUACGCCUGGAAUCGACUGAACGUCUAUCGUCAGCGUGUGUACGGUGUCACCACGGCUAUGGUGAAAGUGGGAUACGAGUACAAGGACUGUAAGGACAUCAUCUGGGACGUGCAGACGACGAAGCUCAGCGGACACGACAUGUCCAUCUCGGAGGUUGGAGGCUGGAAUCUCGACAUUCAUCAUAGAUACAACUUCCACGAGGGUAUCCUGCAAAAGGGCGAUGGUUCCAACAUCUACUUGAAGCAGAAGCCCAGGGUAAUCCUCACAACCAUGGGCGAUGGACACCAGAGACCCAUGUACUGCAUGGAGUGCGAGGGCCAGGCCUCCAAACAGCGACUUCUGGCUCCAGUCGCUCUCGCCACGGCUCCUGAUGGAUCCAUCUUUGUCGGCGACUUCAACCUCGUACGAAAGAUACUCGUCGAUGGCACUGUUAGGACUGUUGUUCAACUCAAUGCAACCAGGGUCUCCUACCGCUACCACAUCGCCCUAAGUCCCCUGGACGGUUCCCUCUACAUCUCCGACCCAGAAUCCCACCAGAUAAUCCGCGUACGCGACACGAACGACUACACGGACCCAGACCACAACUGGGAGACAGUAGUUGGAUCUGGAGAAAGAUGUCUUCCUGGCGACGAGGCUCACUGUGGCGACGGAGCUCUCGCCAGGGACGCUAAGCUCGCCUAUCCCAAGGGUGUAGCUGUCUCAGCCGACAACGUCCUCUACUUCGCUGAUGGCACCAACAUCAGAAUGGUCGACAGGGACGGUAUCAUCACUACGGUAAUUGGCAACCACAUGCACAAGUCCCACUGGAAGCCCAUCCCCUGCGAAGGGACCCUAAACGUGGAAGAAGUUCAUCUUCGUUGGCCCACGGCCUUAGCGAUCAAUCCUCUGGACAAUUCUUUACACAUGAUCGAUGACCACAUGGUCCUUCAGUUAGCUCCCGAUGGUCGUGUCAAGGUCGUCGCGGGACGUCCGCUUCACUGCGCAUCGCCAUCAGUUUCCUUCGACACGGAGCUGGCGACUCAUGCUACUCUGGUCAUGCCACAGAGUAUCGCCUUUGGACCGUCUGGUGAUCUAUAUAUCGGCGAGAGUGAUUCGCAGAGGAUCAAUCGACUGCGUGUGAUAGGAACUGACGGCAAGAUAUCGCCCUAUGCUGGCGCAGAGUCGAAAUGUAAUUGUUUGGAACGUGGCUGCGACUGUUUCGAAGCUGACCACUACCUGGCCUCCACCUCUAAAUUCAACACCAUCUCGGCGGUGGCUGUGUCACCCGACGGCGUAGUUCACAUAGGCGAUCAGGCCAAUUACAGGAUUCGUUCGGUAACAGCCAGCAUUCCAGAUGCCAGCGGAGCUAGGGAAUACGAGAUUUAUUCUCCGGACACUCAGGAAAUCUACGUGUUCAACCGGUUCGGUCAGCACGUGGCCACGAAGAACAUACUGACGGGAGAAACCGUGUACCAGUUCACGUACAACGUUAACACUAGCAAUGGUAAGCUCAGUACCGUCACUGAUGCCGCUGGAAACAAGGUGUUCCUCCUCAGAGACUACAGCAGCCAAGUGAACUCUAUCGAGAACACCAAGGGACAGAAGUGCAGGCUCAGAAUGUCCAGGAUGAAGAUGCUUCACGAGUUAAGCACGCCUGACAAUUACAAUGUUACGUUCGAUUAUCAUGGUCCCACUGGGUUGCUGAAGACCAAACUGGACAGCACUGGUAGAAGCUACGUGUAUAAUUACGACGAGUUUGGUAGAUUAACCAGCGCGGUCACGCCUACAGGGAAGGUUAUCAGUCUGACCUUCGAUCUGAGCCUGAAGGGAGCUGUGGUAAAAGUUGGACAGAAUAAUAGAAAGCCAAUUUCGAUGCUGAUCAAAGGAUCGUCAGUAAUCACGAAGGUUGGAGAGGCUGAGCAGAGGACUACUGUUCUGGCCGAUGGGUCAGUCGGUCAGGUGACCCCAUGGGCCCACACCGUCAGCACGGACACCUUGCCUUACACCGUUCUAGCUGAAAUAGAGCCUCUGUUAGGCGAAAGCUACCCUGUGCCUGCUAAACAGAGGACAGAAAUCGCUGGGGAUUUAGCCAACAGGUUCGAGUGGCGAUACUUCCUGAGGAAGGUCCAAGGGAACAAGAAUAGAGGCAAUUCAAAGUCCGUUGCACAGGUAGGCAGGAAGCUUCGUGUGAAUGGAGAAAUUCUGCUGUCUUUAGAAUACGAUAGAGAGACCAACAGCGUGGCUGUCUUCAUGAACGACGUGGAGCUGUUGAACGUCACCUACGACAGAACAGCUAGACCCAUCAAGUGGGGCCCAAGGAAUGGAAUUUUUGCUGGCGUUGAGUUGGAGUACGAUCGUUUCAGUAGACUGACCAGUUGGACCUGGGGAGAUAUCAGCGAGACGUAUGGAUUCGACAGGGCAGGUAGAUUGUACGAGAUCAAGUAUAGCGACGGUACCUCGAUGGUGUAUGCCUUCAAGGACAUGUUCAGUAGCCUUCCGUUGAAAGUAACCACGCCUAGAGGCAGCGAUUAUCUGUUGCAAUACGACGAAGCUGGAGCUCUGCAGUCGCUGACCACUCCUCGAGGACACAUCCACACGUUCUCGCUGCAAACGUCGUUAGGGUUCUACAAGUAUCAGUAUUACUCGCCCAUGAACAGGCAUCCGUACGAGAUUCUGUACAACGACGAUGGACAGAUACUUGCCAAAGUGUAUCCACAUCAAAGUGGCAAGGUGGCUUAUGUCUAUGACCACACUGGGAAGCUGGAAACAACUCUUGCUGGGUUAUCCUCCAUCCACUACACCUACCAAGAGACCACAAGCCUGGUCCACAGCAUCGACAUCAACGAGCCCAACUUCGAGAUGAGGAUCGAGUACAAAUACCACGCAGGCAUCGUGAAAGACGAAAAGAUCAAGUUCGGUAGCAAGAGCGGCCUGGACAACGCGCGAUAUCGUUAUCAGUACGACGGGAACGCACGUAUAUCUGGCAUCGAGGUGGACAUAAACGGCAAACAGCUUCCGCAAUUGCGAUUGAAGUACAACCAGAACCUCGGCAUACUGGAAGGCGUGGGCGAUCUCAGGAUAUACAGGAACCUGUUCAACAGAUCCGUGAUGCAGGACAGCAGCAAACAAUUCUACACCGUCACCGAUUACGACGAACACGGUCGAGUCAAGACGGUGCUGAUGAACAUUCGCACUUUGGACGUGUUCCGCAUGGAGCUCGAGUACGACAAUCGCAAUCGUAUCAAAAUGAGGAAACUGGCGAUCGGGAAAGACUCGAAGAUGGAGAAGAUAACGUAUAACGCGGAUGGACACGUACUGGAGGUAGCGGACACCGAGAACAAUUGGCAGUAUGCGUACGAUGAAAAUGGCAACGUGAUAGGUGUCACCAGAGGCCAUAACGAGAAGCUAGCGUUAGGGUACGACAGUGGGGACAGGGUCAUUCAGUUCGGGGAUGUGGAGUUCAACUCCUACGAUGGACGAGGAUUCGUUGUCAUUCGAGGGGAACACAAGUACAGGUACAAUUCCCGGGGCCAGCUGAUCCACGCGUCAGAGCACAAGAAGUUCCAGAUAUGGUACUUUUACGACGACCGCGGCCGAUUGGUCGCCUGGAACGACGAUCGCGAGAACAUCACGCAGUUCUUCUACGCCAAUCCCAAGACCCCAGACCUGAUCACCCACGUGCACUUUCCCAAGUCUGCGAAAACGUUCCGUUUCCUCUACGAUUCCCGCAACUUCCUCAUGACGGUGGAAACGUCCGAGCAGAGAUUCUACGUGGCGACGGACCAGAACGGCUCGCCCCUGGCCUUGUUCGACACCAACGGAAACCUGAUCAAGGAGAUGAGGCGAACACCUUUCGGAAAGAUUAUAAAGGACACUAAUCCCGAUUUCUAUCUGCCGAUCGACUUCCACGGUGGACUUCUCGAUCCCAAUACUAAGUUGGUCUACCUGAACAAGAGGCUCUACGACCCAACCGUAGGUCAGUGGAUGACCCCUGCUUGGGAGCAAAUGGCGAACGAGCUGACCACCCCCACCGACAUCUUCAUCUACCGUUUCCGCAACAACGAUCCCAUCAACUUCAAGCAGAACGUGGAGUACAUGACCGACCUGUCCAGCUGGCUGAAGCUUUACGGAUACGACAUCUCCGCCAUCCUCGGUUCGGAGUAUAUCAAGCGGAUGGUGUAUCAACCCAGUGCCACGAUCACGUCGCCACAGCUCACGCCAGACUUCGGUGUGAUGUCGGGUCUCCAAUGCAUCGUGGAUCGCGUCCACGAGAAGUUCUCCGACCUAGGAUUCGUGCCCAAGCCUCUACUGAAGCUCGAACCUAAAACGAGAAACCUUCUACCUCGAGUAGCUCAUCGUCGAGCAGUCUUCGGCGAGGGUAUCCUAGUGUCUCGCGUAGGUGGACGAGCGUUGGUCAGCGUGGUGGGCGGCGUGAACGGAGUGGUCCAGGACGUUGUGACCUCGGUGUUCAACAACUCGUACUUCCUGCCUCUGCACUUCAGCGUCCACGACCAGGACGUGUUCUAUUUCGUAAAGGACAACGCGCUGAAGAUCCGGGACGACAUGGAGGAACUCCGACGACUGGGUGGCAUGUUCAACGUGUCCACUCACGAGACCACCGAGCACGGAGCAGGAACUUGGAAGGAGCUACGGCUUCACAAUCCCGACGCGGCCGUGGUGAUCAAGUACGGCGCCGAUCCUGAGCAGGAGAGGCACAGGAUACUCAAGCACGCUCACAAGAGAGCGGUGGAGAGGGCCUGGGAGAUCGAGAAGCAGCUGGUGUUGGCUGGCUUCCAAGGCAGAGGGGAUUGGUCCAAAGAGGAGAAGGACGAGCUCAUCAGCAGAGGCACCGUGAACGGCUACGAAGGUGUCGACAUCCAUAGCGUCCACAGAUAUCCCCAGCUCGCCGACGACCCUGGCAACGUCGCCUUCACCAGGGACACGAAGAGGAAACGACGGAAGAGCGGGAACAAGCGCAACAGGAUCCACAGACACGACUCGUGAUUCGAGGAUGUGACGCGGGAUCGUAACGCUAUUUGGGACUUGGUUCACGCGCCCACGUGAAUCGCGCAGCGGACAAACGUAUGAAAGAACAAUGAAGAGAGACAAGACUAACCAUCGUUCGUUACAUUCAGUCCCCCCACCCCCCCACCCCCACCCCUGUAGAAAAUGUCGCGAUGGGGAACGUUGGGCUUGGUUCACGCGUCCCCGAUCGUUCUUCUCUGUUCUCGACGCACUCGCGGAGGAAAGUAAACGUUUCGACAGUGUUCACCGAUCCCGAGCUGUGCUCUCCGUUCUUUCUUGUGUGUUUUCGUUCGUCAAGUACCAGAAACCCCUGCUCGGUGUGCCAUAAAUAGCGUUGCUUGCGAUUCUAAACCCAAAUCCCUUCGUUUCGGACAGCACGAUCGCGGAUGUCCCAAGAGGAUACCUUCCUUCCGAAGGAAACCGAGCUAGUCACGUCGCCAGGAAGAACGUUCUGUGGCGAUCGGAGGGACGCGGUGCAUACCGAACUGUUCAAGGUGCCGUCCGUGAUGAAAUCCGACGAACGUAGACGAGUGCGCGGGAGGGGAGGAAUUGGUACUCUCGUGUUCGGUUCGAAGAGUGAACGAACUGGUGUUUUUCAUGCAACAGGGUCUAACGAGACGCAAGGGUAAUUCGCUCCCUGUGUUUCGCCCCCCCCCCCCCCCGGGUGGACGUCGCGGGAUAAGUUCAAUAGGGAAGACGAGGAGGAAGGGAACGAGAUGAAAAUGAGAUACGUCGACGUGCGAGAAAUGGAAAAAAUAUACAAGCAGUUAUUUUUAACACGGCGCAAAGAAACGGUGUACUAGCGCGCGAAGGCGAUGCGUAAUUUGUAAAUAUAGCUACUCGACUAAACGUAAACUGUAGAUAUAUAAUAUACGAAAACGGUAAACUUAAGUGGAAACUGUCGAUAAUGCUUUUAUAUAUGUACACAUAUAGACACACGGUGUCGAGAGACGCGAACGAGCACGGUUUCGAGGGUGCGCGAGGCACCCGCGCGUUGUUACGCGGGAACUUUUGUAACGGGGGAAAGCCGAGUUUCUUAAAGUUGAGUCCGGUCGAUUAAAUUUCGCGGGUCAGAUUCGCUCCGGAUCGCGAGCGAGAUUCGACCGUAGACGCAACGUGUAAAUAGUUUCGAUUGGUAUGGGGAGCGUUUGCGUGUCGUACCAGCUAUAUAUAAUCAGCGAGAAAAUUUUUUUGUAACGGUGAUAUAUAUGUACAUGUAUUAUUGUGUGCACGUACGGUACACGUGUAUAUAUGAUCGUUACAUGCCUCCCCUCGUGUGUCAGUACUUCGCGUGAUCUAGUAGCGACGACGACGCGACGUAACGAGACAAGCAAUAGACGAGCAUGAGUUUCGUGUACGGAGUAACGGCGUCGGGUAAUAGGAUCCACGAGGAAUAAACGGAUAUAAUGAUAACGAUAAUAAUGAUAAUAUAAUAAUGAAAUAAUAAUAAUGAGCUAGUAAUAACGAUACGAUAAUACCGAUACUAAUAAUAUAGUAAUAAAUAAUGAAUAAAAGGAAAAUAAUAUUAAUAUAACGAUAAUACUAUUGUACGGAAAAAUACCCCGCCUAUCUUUCUACUAAAAAUGAAAAAUUAUUUUUUGAAUUGUGCCGUCAAAGAUGUCCUAUGUCCUAAAAAGAAGAAGAAAAAAAAAUGAAACGAGAAGAAAAACAAAAACCGUGUGUCUGUGGGAUCGUCCCGUGGAAAUCAUCCCCUGCGCCCCCCGUCCCCCUAAUCGCUCCCUUCCACCCCACCCCACCCCCCCGUCAAAAUACCUUCGAAAGACGAUGAACCUUCUCUCUGUAUGAACAUAAACUUGGAAAAAAAGAAGAAACAAACUCGUCGGUGUUUAUCAAGUUAUCGGGUAAACGAGACAGCGGAGAAAAGAAAAAUGAAAUAAACGCGUAACUAUUAACGAAACGAACAAAGGUAAAAAAAAGAAAUAUGUAGAUCGAGCUCUGUGGUUUGGAUCAAAGUGAAGUAACUGACAUAGAAAGUAAAGACACUAAUGAUAAAUUAUAUUUAAAACAAAAAAAAAAUGUCGAUGCAAAAAACUAAUUGCGAGUAUAAUACGUACGCGGUAUAAUAAAAUAUAUUAUAGAGAAAUAGCGAGCCAACGUGCGAGCCACGUCGCUCAACCACGUUGUGUUCCAGGUAGAUUGUACGGUGGAUUAAAGCAUAAACAUACAUAAUCAUAAUUACAACAAAAAGUAACGUACUAGAUUGACGAGUUAACGAGGGAUUUAGUAAACGAAAAUAAGAAAAAAAAAAAACACGUAAACGGUUUAAGAGUGUGCUAGUGAUCUUUAUCGGAUGAGAAAAAUGAAAAAAAAAAAAAGAAAGAAACGACGAAAGGAAAACCGCCGCUGUACAUAUCUGUUGUGUAUAGCCAGUAUAUGCCGCAAACCCACGCAAAAGUAGUAUUCGCGCAAGAAGGAACGCAUUUUUCUACGAAGUAACGGAAAUCGACGAUCAGACAACUUGUCCCCGUUUAUCGCCGAUAUUCUUCGUUUUCUUUAACACGUUGGAUGGUGGUCCAAGAGUUCGAUGAAAGUUCCGUUGAGGCGGCGACGAGGAUGAAAGAUAUAAACAGAAGGUAAUCGGUGAGAAGAAGCGCACAAAAUUUGAAAAUACUGGAGGAGGAGCUUUAUGAGAUUGGAAGACAGAGUUGGAAGACUGUAGGAGGUAAACAAAUUUUACAUGGGCAAAAGCAAGUCUCUGUUUAAGAAUGUUUCAGUAAAUUAGAGAAGUGUACAAACAUAUCUUUUUAUAUUGUAUGAAUUAAAGAAUUUAUUUUUUCAAUUUGAUACUGUCGCCGCCUGAAUGGUUCGAUGCUCAGGGACCUCGGAUCUUCAGAGUCUUCAGAUGUCUCGGAUUCUGAGGGUCCUCAGGGACUUCGGGAUCCUCAAGUCUUCAGGGUCCUCAGGAACCUCAGAUCUCCAGGAUCCUCAGUUUUUAGAGUCCUCGGGAACCUCAGAUCCUCAGGAUCCUCGAGUCUUUGAAUUCUCAGAUCUUCCGAUCCUCAGGGUCCUAAGAUCUUCAUAGUCGUCGUCUAACGUGUUAUACUCGACAGUUUCAUCACCCAUAUACCAAAUUGCUGGCCCCCCCCCCCCCCCAAUUGGUUUUAAGCGCACGUCAAGGUUUUCCCUGGACCCUUGAGACCUAACCCAAGGUAACACGAGGCAUAUCAAUCUGUGAUUCACCAUUUUCGAUACCGUGAACAUAACACCUUGUGUCCGUGCAUGGAUUCACAUUCUUGCAUUAACCUUGGGCUGGUCUCAUCAAGUGUUCCCCAGGGUACCAAACUCCUCGUUACGCGAUUCCGUGAACAAGUUAUCCUCGAUUGCAUAGUUUCUACUUUCGAAUCAUCUUGAUCGUUUCUCUCUCCAGACCACGAGAGAAUGCUGGGAGCGUCGAGGAUGGUUCCAGUAUUUUUAAGCUCGUAGCAGUUACCACAGACGUCUACAAAAUUAACUUUGAGAGUGAACAGCUUCUUUUGGAUGAAGCUAAGCUUCGAUUGUUUCUCUUCGAUAUUGGUUUGUUUUCUUGUAAGUAUGAAAUUGCAAAAAACAAAGAAACAUAGUGUAAAUAGUAUAAUGUAGAUUCAUUGGAGAUAAUUACUUGUUAAUAGAAAUUUUUGUUCAAAGUCGCUUCUUCACUCGUCAAAUGUAGCAUUGUCUUGCAGACAAAAGAAUACUUGAUCCGUAGCUUUUUAAAUAUUAUUCAAAAUUUAACAAUGUAUAGAAAUAUCUUAUCUUCUUAUUUGUUAACAUACUGGCUCGAUAAAGCUCACCAAAUAAUUACUCAAUUUUACAUCUACCUCGCGACAAUCUCGAUUAUAAACGAAUAUACACACUGCCCAACACAUUGCUCAAGAUCUAUAAAAUUUCAACAAUUUAUUCCUCCAAAAUAAUAAUUCAUCUACAUCUAGUAUAUCCUACUUACCCCUUCAGACACCACCACCCUCUUACAUUUUUCUUCACUCUCUUAAAAUUUGAGGGGUACAAAUUGGGCCACCCUCCCUUUUAAUUUGCUCCAACGUUAAGAAUGUCGAUUGAACAUCUUCAACACAGUUCGGACAUUGCUUCGAGCCUGAAAACUGCUGAACCACUCUCGACGCCCCAUUUGGAACAGUGCUUGUCUGAUUUGUUCGUUAAUUCGCCGUUACCUGCUAUCCGCCGCGUAAUUAGCGCGUUCUAAAAUGCUCAGCAUGCAAACCAGUUGAUAUGUGUCAGCCCCCAAAAAACGCUCGCGGAGCCGACAGAUAUCGCGGGAACACUUUUCCGUGUGUAUUCGUUCACUCGCGAAGCGCCACGCAAAGGGCAACAAAGGAGAGAGAAAAAGAAACAAGAGAAAGAAGAAAAAUGAUACGACGUUUUAGAAAGCAGUCCUGUACUCGUGUUAACGUUAUGCUUAGCGCAAUCGUCGCCUUCGAGCGAGGAUCGAGCUAAGAGAGGAUUCUAUCAGUGAAAGGGGAUAGGGUUGGACGAACUUACAUUUAAAUAAUAAGUUUUCUUCGAUCUAAGUAACUUCAUUUUGUAACAGAAAUUUUAAUUUUGAAUCAGUUGGUAAGGAAAACAAUUUUGAUUAUUUUUAUUCGUUUGUUCGUUAUUCAUUCGGGUAAAAUUUUGCCCACCUUUGGAAACGAAUCGGCAAUUAUUAAUUAUGUUUGAGAUCAGGGGGUACGAACACAGAAGGGAAGAAUUUUGUUCGAGUAAUAGAUUACGAAUAGGAACUUUAUUCAAAUGGAUGAAAUUCAAACGAAAUACUUCAUUUUGCGAGUCAAGUUUUAAUUUUUAUUGGACAAGUAACAUGUAAAAAGACAGUAUAUUUUAUUCGUUGUUCGAAGUUUGUAUCAAUAUAAGAAUUUUAACCCGUUUCCGCCUGGAAGUCUCAGAAUCCUAACUGUGGCUCGAUCUUGCGAUCGAAGGCGCGAGAUCUAUUAUUGUUACGCUCGACACGAAUCUUCGCCGUCGACGGGAAACCGUCCGCUGUGACUCGGUUGGAGGGCGAACCGCGAUCGGCUCGUGACUAAAAGAAAGCAAUACUUCAUAACUAUCGUGUAUGUCUUAAAGAAUCUAAUGUGUCUGGUGAAGAGAGAAAGAUAGAGGAAAAAAUAGAGAUGGAGAGAGUUCAAAGUAGGGUUGCGCGAUUCCUGUAAGAAAAUUAAUUCCAAAACCGGUUUCGAAUCGAAAUGACUAGAAUCGAUUCCCUAGAAGAUCGAUUCGAAAAAUCGAUUCAAAGAGGCUUGACUAUAUCUUAUCUAUACUUUGAAAUCUUUAAGUUAAACUUACAUAUUUAUAUAUAAGUUUAAUUAAGUAAAUUGAUUACCGCUGAUUAACCAUUAAAUUCAUUACCAUUUAAUGGCGAUGAACUUAAUAAUUCUAAAUCUUCUAAAUGAUCAUUCUGCUGAAACGAAUAUUUCCUACAAUUGGCUGAUACUGUACAGUAUAACAUAAAAGUAUUUUUUAUCAUAUGUGACCGAUUUAAGGUUGCAUUCAAGGUUUUUAAGAAAGUUUAUUCGGAAUCGAACAUCCCUAUCGAGAGAUGAAAGCACAGCAUAACGUAAGAAAGAGUGCGUGAAAGAAAGAGAGAAAGAGCGAGAGCUAUUACGAUAAAUUAAUAUAUAACAAAUUGUGUUAAACGAUAGCCGGGGAGGGGAGAAGUUGUACGCGUUUCUUUGUUUAGUAACGAUCGAAAUUCGGGCACUUCGCGUCGUCAUGACAGGAGUAGGCAAAAUUUUAUUCGAGUAACGAAUAAAUCCAACACGUAACUAUUUAUUCGCGACGUUUAUCCAAUUGAACAAUUAAAUUGUUGUUCGUUCAUAAUAUAUUACGAACGAAUAUUUGAAUUUUUUAAUAGAUAAUAACGAAUAACUAAUACAAAAUUAUUCAUUCAGGUGUUCGAUCGAACGAUGAAAUUUACCAGCUAUUUCAUUUAAUAAUUUAAAUUCUACUCGUCUAGAUAAAAAUUAGAAUUUAUUCAGCGAUGAAUAAAUAAUUGUUCAUCUUUUAUUCGUUAAUCGAAGUUUUGUAACUAGGUGAAAAUUUUGCCCAUACCUGUGACGAGGAAUAUUUGUUCGUAGCCGGUGUCUCGUUGUGUUUCCCGUUUUCCCAGCGACGAUUGCGUGUCGCUCCCUUUUUGUACAUAACUACGCGUCGUCGACCGAAAAUAUUCCGAUUCCCGUUUCGUUUACAUCGUCGAUCGCUGCGAACUGAAUCGACACAACAGACGAGAUAAUCGGAAUUACGACACUUUUUCUAUUGCUCACGAGACACGAUGGUCGACGCGUUUCAAAGUGAAUCGGACACACGACACUGACGUCGAUGAUCCUUAGGGUAUCCGCAAUUAGGGUCUACUUGCAAUCAUCGACGAACUCGUUUAUCGUAACUAUUUUCAUCGACGCUGUUUUUUUCCAAUCUUAUGUGUCUCACAACGUUCGUUCGCGUCUGCACCUGUUUUAAGUUACUUAUCGACACUUGUAGUGUAACUUGCUGGAGAUUCAUUACUUUUACUAUUAUUUAUUUAUUCGUGAAUAGAAAUGUUAUUUAACUGGUAGAGAAUUUUUAAUAAUGGACAUUUUAAUAAUGGAAAAUUUUCAAUCGUAUUUGGAUGUGUCGCUAAGAUGAGUCUGUGUGUUGACGAGAUCAUAAGAUUGAUGAUCACCAGUUGAUCAAAGUUAAAGACAGUGAAACAAGGUCGACGAAAACAUCGUUGAACGUUUAUUUAUGAUUUCAAGUGGACCUUCCGCAAUUAGUGUUAACGAUAGUUUCGUACAACCUGCGUCAACGCGAGAACUCAUCUGGAUAGUGCCCUUUAUGCUUUCGUGUAGAGAUAGACAAGGGUGCCCGGCCCGGGGUAAACAAACUUUUCCCACACGUUUUACAGGUCGUUCCAAACUGAACAGGUUUAUCUAUACCACGAGUCGAUCUCCAUUUAUUAUCAAAAGUCUUUAUUGUAUAAAUCUUCAGAAAUUUCACAAUGGUGGCGCCUGAGGGGGCUCAACAUCAACCACGAUGCAAAUCGUUAAUUUCCCUAAGAAAGAUUAACACCUUAAAUUUUGCACGAACAAAUCAAAUCACCACGAUCAGGAAGUAAUUAAAACAAUAAUACUGCCAACUCCAUUCCAAGUACGCGCAGUAGCCAAUUUUUAACGUAAUCUACGUACGAAAUGAAGUUAAGUGUAGAGUGUCUAGUGUAAACGACGGUUACGGUUUAGAAUCACCUGUCAAACAGUCUACCAAUGUUUCCGACGUUUACCACGCGGGGCAUCCUCCUAGAAUCGAAGUGAAUACGAACAGUGAUUCCUUCCUCGCGAUGUCGUCGACCGACAGAGCACGGAUGAAUGCAAGAGGAAGGCCUCCAUGGGACGCCCCUCUCGGUCGAGCCGCGUUUCACGGGCCCUAAUCGCAGUUUGUCCGUUCCUCUGUAUCAAUUGUUUGUUUCUCUUUUCCGUUUCGUCCCUUUCGCGGAGAAUUGUACAUAUUAAUUGCGAUCAUUAUGUAAAUACUCUUGAACGCAGACACGAGACACGUGCGCAUACAUACAUACACACACAGACACGGAAGCGCGCAAUCUGUCCGCGCGUGGUUUAUUUUAAAGAAUACGUCAUUAUAUAUGAUACCAUGUAAUGAUAUUUAAACGAUAAGGUAACAUAUAUUCUAUACUCUUACACGCUAAGUACUCAAUAAAUAUAUCUAUAAAAUUUCCCCGUGUUUGUGAUUGUCUGCCCCUUGACCCGUCCCGUCAGUUCCCGUCGAUAUUGUGGCGUCUCAAUUUCCAACACACAGCAAAACUCCAUUUGUCUCACCUCUGUCACCCUUCCUCACGUUUUAUGUAGGGCCUGUUAAGUGUUUCACACCUUUGCCUCUGUUCACAACCCUCCACCAACCCUCGUCGUACGGCCCUCCUACGACAAUAGCGAGAGGAUUUUAGUCGUAAGUGUACAAAUAGAUAUUUAUAUAUGUAUCUGGUGCUCUCGCUACCGAGUCCGAAGGUCUGAGAAAGUACCUAUGAAUGCCUGAUGUGAUACAAGUUGUUUUUUGCUAUACGAUAACGAUGAGAGUUAAUUAAAGACUUUUAGUAACAUCA